CCCAAUUCAAACCAAAUGUUAUAACCUAUAUCCUAUGAUUUCAAUGAUCGUUUUAAUUGAAAGUAAUGUUAAAUUGAAUAUUUAAAUAGUAUAUAAUUUAAUAUAAUCAUUACAACAUAAUUAAAAAUGCAGAAAGAAGGUAUUGAUACCUUUUUUGGGAGUAUUUUAAAAGAGGAACCUGAUGUUUCUGCAGGUGUAGCUGCGAUUAGAACAUUAUUAAAAGUUUUAGAAGAUGAUAAAUCUGAAACCGUACAAGAGUUGGAUUCGAAUUUACGAUUGGCUGUUGAAACGAUGCGAAAUACGAAUUAUCCAGUCACAGCUGUUUCCUCUGGGUGUGAAUUAUUUCUUCGGUUCAUAACUUUGGCUAAAUUAGAUACAAAUACCUUUGAUGAAUGUAAGUCUAUAAUGGUACAACGGGGUAAAAUGUUCUUAAUCAAAUUGGAAGAAGCUCGAGGGAAAGUGGCCCGUUUGGCAACACAAUUCAUUAUUGAUGGCUGUAAAAUUUUAACACAUUCUAAAUCUCGAGUUGUGUUGGAGACAAUGCAAUUAGCAGCCAAAAAUAAACAUUUUCAUGUAUAUAUUACAGAAUCUGCGCCUGAUUCCAGUGGAAUUAUCAUGGCAAAAGAAUUAGAAGCAGUAGGAAUUCCAUGCACAAUUAUUUUAGAUUCAGCUGUUGCAUAUAUUAUGGAACAGAUAGAUAUGGUCAUGGUAGGCGCUGAAGGUGUUGUAGAAAGUGGGGGUAUUAUAAAUAAAAUUGGUAGUUAUACUAUAGCGUUAUGUGCUAGGGAAAUGAAGAAACCAUUUUAUGUGUUAACGGAAAGUUUUAAAUUUGCUCGUGUUUAUCCAUUAAGUCAACAAGAUGUUCCAAAUGAAUUUAAGUAUAUCGCAGCUACAAGAGGUAAAGAUACGAGUAAAGAACAUCCUCUCGUGGAUUAUACACCCCCAGCGUAUAUCUCAUUAUUAUUUACAGACUUAGGUAUUUUAACACCAUCUGCUGUGAGCGAUGAACUAAUAAAAUUGUAUUUAUAGUUA